AUAGAUCUGAAUUUGUAAUUACAUCACGUGACAUAUUCAAAAUGGCGCUUUGCUGUGCAAUCAGUAAUGAAGUUCCAGAGCAGCCGGUUAUCUCACCUGUAUCGGGACAUGUCUAUGAGAAACGACUGAUAGAGAAAUAUAUAAAAGAAAAUGGAGUAGAUCCAAUGAAUGGAGAAUCAGUAGCUGUAGAAACCCUUAUAGAAAUAAAAGCUAACCCUCUCGUAAAACCAAGACCUGCUUCUGCCACUAGUAUUCCAGCCAUAUUGAAGGUUUUACAAGAUGAAUGGGAUGCUCAAAUGUUACAUAGUUUUACACUUCGACAGCAACUACAGACAGCAAGACAAGAAUUAUCCCAUGCUUUAUAUCAGCACGAUGCUGCAUGUCGUGUGAUCGCUCGUCUAACCAAGGAAGUAACAGCUGCCAGAGAAGCUUUGGCCACAUUGAAACCCCAGGCAGGCAUUACCCCUGGAAAUUAUGCAGCACCUGCACCCCAACCUUCUAUUGGUGCAGAAGCUGGACCCGAGGCAGCAGAACCUAUGGAGGAAGCUGGCAUGAGUGAUGAAGUUUUACAGAAGUUACAAGACAAAGCCACAUUACUGACAGCUGAAAGAAAGAAGAGAGGUAAAACCGUACCAGAAGGAUUAGCUACAGUAGAAGAUAUAAAACAGUACAGACAACUAGCAUCACAUACAGGUUUACACAGUGCCAGUGUACCAGGAAUAUUAUCACUAGACAUUUGUUUGAAAGAUACAGCGAAGAUUGUUACUGGUGGUAAUGACAAGAAUGCAGUAGUGUUUAACAAAGAUACAGAACAAGUGAUGGCCAUUCUCAAAGGUCAUUCUAAAAAGGUCACCAGUGUCAUAUAUCACCCAGAUGAGGAGUUAGUAUUUACAGCCUCACCAGAUUGUACAAUCAGAGUAUGGGGCGUACAGACAGCUCAAUGUGCUCAGAUAAUCAGAGCUCACGACGCUCCAGUCACAGGAAUCAGUUUACACGCCACAGGGGACUAUCUCCUUAGUUCAUCUACAGAUACACACUGGGCCUUUUCUGAUUUGAGAACUGGUAGAGUGUUGACAAAGGUGAACGAUCCACAAUCUCAGCAUGCAUUAACAUGUGCACAGUUUCAUCCUGAUGGUUUGAUUUUUGGAACUGGAACAGAGGACUCCAUGAUCAAAAUUUGGGAUUUAAAAGAACGAGCCAAUGUGGCAAACUUCCCUGGUCAUCAAGGUCCUAUUACAAGUAUAGCAUUCUCUGAAAAUGGUUACUAUUUGGCUACAUCUGCUGAAGACUCUGUUGUCAAACUGUGGGAUUUAAGAAAACUGAAGAACUUCAAGACACUUACAUUGGAUGACAAAUAUGAAGUGAGGUCGUUAUGUUUUGAUCAAAGUGGAACUUACCUGGCUGUAGCUGGAUCAGACAUAAGAGUAUAUUUGUGUAAACAGUGGCAGGAAUUAGGAGUAUUCAACGAUCACACAGCCAUGGCAACCGGUGUCAGAUUUGGUCACAACUCAACAUUCGUUUCAUCAGUCAGUAUGGAUAGAUCUGUCAAAUUCUUUGGGAUGAGCUAAAACCAGGAACAAUCUAUGAAUGAAAUCAUAAUGUUUGUUAGUAUCAUCAUCACAUAUAUUUUGGUUUAUAUAAGGUAGAGGUUGAACUUAGUUCUGUAGAACGCCAUGACUGCAUUAUGUGAACAAAUAUCCUGCAGUCUAAUAAAACUGUUUUGUUUAACUUUAUUUUAUAUAGAUGUCAUUAUUAGUAUGUCCAGUUAGACACUAAUGUUAAUUUUACAUUCAUAAGUAAAAUUUGUUUGCAAUUUUUAAACAUUUGUACAGUAAGUGAUAGUAAUUUUCAGCAGUGAUGCAUCGAAUUAUUAAAAUCAUUAUACAAGUCAUUCAAUAUUACUAAUUCAUUACUACUCCAUGAAAAUUGAUUUCUUUGGUUUGUAGAACAUCAACUAUGUAUGAAAAAUUACACAAAAAAGUACUUCUAUUUUCAUUGGUGCCAAUAUUUCAAGGAUAAAUUGAAAAAAAAUCCUUUUUGCGAAUUAUUAAUUAUGUGGUUUUACAAAGGUCUGCUUAAAAGCCUUAGACAUUUUUGUACUUUGUUGAACUUUUGAGUUUAUUUUUCACCUUUUUCCAAGAAAUUCAUUUAAAUUGGUAUCCCACUAAUAACAAUGAGUCAACAGUAUGUAAAAUAAAAAAGGGAGAUAAUGCUGUAUCCUACGAGAGUUUGGAAGUCCCCUUUUAGCUAGCCACAUCCAUUUUAACGGAAUAGUCCUCAUGCUUAGAUAAAAUAGGAUAAAGAAACUUCUGACAUCUCUAGAUUUAUUUUUUGUUAAAAUUGUAAUAUGAGGUUUCUCUUUUGUAGAUUUUUCUUUCUAAUCUCCUUUUGUUCAUAUUGAAUGGAGAUAGAAGUUGAAUAUUGUAAACUCUCAAACUGUUUCUCAAUAUUUAUAACAUACACUUGAAAAUAACCUUAAAAAAGGGAAACCAGCAGAAAAAUGUAAAGAGAUGGCCAUUUUUUAUUUUCAUAUGUAACCAAUCAAUAUGGUUUCGUCAUAAAACAUAUACAUUUAUAACAACAUAUUUUUUGUGAUCACAUGUUAUAAUCAUUUCAUUCUUCAUGAGGCCAAGCAAAAUAAAAAGAGUUUUGUUGUCCCACUUGAUCAUAAUAUUUUUUAUGAGAACAAUUUUCUCUGUUAUGUCUUUUUAAAAUGGUUAUGUUUGAAAAUGAAAGUGAAAAGCACAAUUUUUCAAGAGCACUUUUUGUUAAUCAUAGGUGGGUUUUAGAGCAUUUGAACUUGACCUUCAAUUUUGUAUAACCUUCCUUGUCAUCAUCAUUUGUAUGAAUGGAAGUGGUAAAAAUAUUUAUGAUGAAGGGACUUUGUUUAUUUUGUUGACUUUUGUGUGUUGUAGUUUGUUAAAGCAGAAAUAUGUAAAAUAUCACCAAAUAAUGUCAUGUCAUUUUAUAACAUUUGUAAUAUUGUAAACCAACUAAUUUUUGUGAACGAUUUAUUUUCACGAUUUUUGCGAAUAGAAAAAUAACGCAAAUAUAAAUUAUCGAGAAUGGGUAAAACCUGUGAUUUUUACUUAUUUAUCUACAUCAAGUUGUGAAAUUAAAUCACUGUUAAAUGGUUUAAAAAAGGCCAAACACAGAAUAAAGUAUACUUGAAAAUAAGUUGGUUUACAUUAUUGAGAGAAAAAAGAGUUCAUUUUAAAAUGGAAUUAUGUAAGAGAGACAGUUUUGUAUUCAAGAAUAAAUGAAUGUACAGUGAUGGUUGUUUUUCAAUGGUUGAAAGUUUUCAAUUACUUGUUCAUGUGAAUUAUACAGCAUUUAUUACAAUAGGUUAAUUUGAUAAACUUUAUUUAUCAAGAUGUAUUUUAUAAAUCUUUAUAAAAUUAAUAUAGCUAAGACUAUGUUAUACUAAUGUUUGUUACAUAAAAGCGAUUUGAAUACCUGACAUUUUUGGCUCUCAGAUAUUGAAGUAAAUAGAAUAAGGCACAUUCAAGAAAAUUGAUAAAGACAAGUAACUUUAUUUACAUGAACAAAUAUAUUAGGAUCAACAGCUUUAUAGAGGUACCUUGAUAACUUAGCAGUGUCAACCAUUUUAUAUACUGUGGAUUCAUUUAUUUUCAUGGGUAUCAAUUUUCGUGUGUUAAGGAAGACUUACAUUAUCUUGGAUAUUUGGUUUAGUGGUUUUGCCAAAGUCUGCAUAAAAAGCCUAUAGACAAUUUGUGAUUCGUUGAACAUUUGAUUUCGUGGUUCACCUGUAGUGUACCCUUAAAACACACAAAAAUUGGUAUCCAACAAUUAAUAAUGAAUCCACAGUAGUUCUUGAUCAAUAGACUUGUCUCCAUGCAAACAAAAAGAGAAGAAAAAUAGUUUAACACAAGUAUGAUAUAUAUUCCUAUUGUAAGGGUUUCAUACUUCAUUGGUGACAUUAUCUACAGUAUUGUGUGUCCAUAGUUAUAGAUAAUUGGUUAAUCUAUAUACAAUGUAACUGUUACUACUGCUUUUUAACAAAUAAACACUUGGUGUUCUUAA